UCCACUAGGACACGGAAAGAAAGGCGGUACGCUUAAAUCAACAUGGCGUCAAGACGAGUGUCGUUUGUCCCCAGGAGCCAGAAACUAUCUUCCUCUGAUGCGAAAAGCUCCAAGGUUGGGAGUGAAAACAAAGCUAACGGUGGAGCCUCAAAGAAAACUAAAAGUGGUGUAACAAUAGUGAAAUCGCGAUACAUGCAGUCUGUUGACAAAACGUUGUCAAAGAGUAAUUCGCUGACCAAUGAGUCUGUUGUUGUGCCUCCACGCCCUGCCUCACCCAAAGUGGGCGGCGUCAGACCACGAGUCGGCACCCCUCCAAGGCACUCUCUGGGCCCCCAGUCCCUUCCUGCCUCCAUGAUGCCCAAUCUUCUCGAGCCCUCGCUACUAGGAAAAAGUAUUCUCCAGUCGACCAUCCUGGAUGGGCACUGUCUGCGUCCAGACUUUGAAAUGUCAGCCAUUAGAGAAAAGACGGUGUUGGCGAGCAUAGCGGAGCCCGAGAAGAACGUGGAACAAGAGAAGAAGAUGUUAGAGAUGCAAACCUUGCUUUUGACCUACCUCACAGCCAAGAUGGAGCACAACACCAGGAAGCUGAAGGCGGAGGCCGAGGGGCGGAUCCUGGCCGUGAUGGAGGAGGAGGAGCAGCUACGUCAGCAGGUCCAGGAGAAGAAGCGACAGCACCUCCUGCUGGAGAACAACAAGCAGACGCACCACUUGCUGGAUCUGCAGAUUGCCGCUUUGACUCCAGUGGCUGACGCAGCCCAGCAGUUCACCGAAGAGUACCGGUCUUUCGCUACGGCAGUGGACACGACCAGACACGAGCUGCCGGUCAAGAACCUCCACAUCGAGGGGGACAGGAGAGAGUUCCUGGUCAGGGCCGAAGCGUGCCUGAAGGACAGCGAGGAGGUGUUGCUGCAGUGCACCCUGGGAGCUCAGCAGGACGACCAGGCGUCCGUAGAGAGUCUGAAAGAGAUGAAGACGGCCGCACGGGAAAUUAGCAAGCAGCUGACUGGGGGUUUUUCCGAACUACUGGAACUGUCUUCUUUGGUCAGUCGCCACACCGUGCAAAUACAGCAGUCGCUGGAGGAAGAGCAGCUUGGCUUCACCAGAGCUCAGGAGCUCUACUGCCCAAAGCGCUGAAGAACAAAAGCUUAUACUUUAUGCUCAAUUUUCUUUCACAUAUUUUUGCCACUUUUUAAUGAAUGUAAAAUGAACAUUGUUUUGUGUAAAUAGUUAUAGAUAUUAAUAAAAUUAAUUCAAACCUUCAA